AUGUCUAUGCUGAAGCUCUGCCCUUGUUUCUACGGACGACACUCCGCCGUCUCCGAUUCCGAUCUCGACCCCGUUCUUCUCAUAUCCGGCAUGGGCGGCUCCAUCCUCAACUCCAAGCCCAAGAAGUUCGGCCUCGAGACUCGCGUAUGGGUUCGCUUCCUUUUGGCCGAGCUCGAGUUCAAGAACAAAGCCUGGUCUAUUUACAAUCCUCAAACAGGUUACACGGAGGUGUUGAACAAAGAUUCCGAAAUUGUUGUCCCUCAAGAUGAUUAUGGACUCUACGCCAUUGAUAUUCUGGACCCAUCACCACUUGCAAAAUGCGUUCACUUGACAGAGGUAUAUCAUUUUCAUGAUAUGAUUGAAUUGCUGGUCAACUGUGGAUAUAAGAAGGGGACCACGUUGUUUGGAUAUGGUUAUGAUUUCCGGCAAAGUAAUAGGGUUGGUAAUUCAAUGGAAGGUCUUAAAGCAAAGUUGGAGACUGCUUAUGAAGCUUCUGGCAAAAGGAAAGUCAACAUAAUUACGCAUUCAAUGGGGGGGCUGCUGGUGUCAUGUUUCAUGUCACUAUACAAAGAUGUUUUCUCCAUGUUCGUGAAUAAGUGGAUCUGCAUUGGAUGCCCUUUUCAAGGUGCCCCUGGGUGCAUCAAUGAUUCCAUCUUAACUGGCUUGCAGUUUGUUGAAGGCUUCGAGAAUUACUUUUUUGUAUCAAGAUGGACUAUGCACCAACUGUUGCUGGAGUGUCCAUCAAUUUAUGAGAUGUUGCCUAACCCUGCCUUUAAGUGGGAAAGAGACCCUCAAAUUCAAGUUUGGCGGAAGCAAUCAAAUGAUGAUGAUACUUCUAUCCAGGCGGAGUCCUAUGGGCUACUUGAAAGCAUAAGUUUAUUUGAAGAAGCAUUGAAGAAUAAUGAGCUAACUUAUGGUGGAAAUACAAUCCCUCUACCUUUCAACAUGUCUAUCCUCAAAUGGGCUACUGAAACCCGUAAGAUACUCAAUGAUGUUCAAUUACCAGAAGGGGUCUCCUUCUACAACAUCUAUGGGACAUCAUGUGACACGCCAUUUGAUGUAUGCUAUGGUUCAGAGACAUCCCCAGUGGACGAGUUAUCAGAAGUGUGCCACGUAACGCCUCAAUACUCUUAUGUGGAUGGUGAUGGAACAGUUCCUGCUGAAUCUGCUAAGGCAGAUGGAUACACGGCAGUUGAAAGGGUAGGAAUCCCGGGUGAGCACCGUGCACUGCUACGCGAUGACAAGGUAUUUCAACUCAUCAAGAAAUGGUUGGGAAUUGAAGAGAACGUGAGCAAGCGCUCAAGAACAGUAAAGGUGAUGGACUCGCACGUUUAUAUAUGA